UUUAAGGUUCUGCACUGACUUCUCCUCAUCCUGCUCUGAGUCUUUGGAGUUUUCUGCCAGAAAUCUCUCCCCUCCCCCGCUCCCCCACAGGGCUUUGGGCAGGUUUCCCUUUUUGGGGGAAAUCAAAGCGAAGCAGCGAUGCACUAAUGAGGGGCAGGAGAAGUGAGGCUCCCGGGCUUCCCGCAGAGCCGGAGGCACGGAAGGCGCAGGGCCGGGAAAGCCGUGGCGGGAGGUGCGGAGAAGUUUGUUUGUGUGGGCAGCUCAAUCCCGCCUCGGGCCCGGGCCCGUCCCGGGGCUGUUGCUCAUCUCCGGCUUUGCCCUCACGCAGCGCGGGGGGCCCUGAGAGCGCGGGGCGAGUCUGGGCCGUGCGCAGAGCCCGCCCCCAGCUCGCUGCCAUUGGCCGCUGGUGCCGUCAGUCGCGGUUGCGGCGCGCUGAUUGGUGGGAGCGGGACGCAGCACGGCCCCGGCGGCGGGCUGAGGGCGGCCGUGGGCGGGCAGCGGCGCCAUUGGCGCCAGGAGCGUCUGUGCGGGCCCGGGAGCGGCGGCAGCGGCCGGAGCGCGGUGAGGCGGCGUCGGCGGAGCUCGGAGGCGGCCCCGGUGCAGGAUUUUUCAUUCCCUGGGCGUAUCUGGAUGGAGGAGGAGGAAAAGCCCCAGAAAUGCUACAGGAGGAGGAGCUGCAAACCCAGCCCAGGGAGCUGCGGGGAGGAAAGAGCCGCCUGAGCCAGGAAGGCGGGCGGAGAUCCAGCUGGAGCUCGGAGCUGGUGGAGAAGCCUCAUGGCGGGGAGAAGCCCCACAAGUGCUUGGAAUGUGGGCAGGGUUUUAGCCGGAGCUCCACCCUGAUCCAGCACCAGAGGAUCCCCACUGGGGAACGGCCCUAUGAGUGUGGGGAGUGUGGGAAGAGGUUUCGGACCAGCUCCCAUCUCCUCAGACAUGAGCGGAGUCACACAGAGGAGAGGCCCUUCCUCUGCCCCAAUUGCGGGAAGGCCUUCAAGCACAACUCCAACCUCACCGAGCACCGGCGCAUCCACACUGGGGAGAGGCCCUACGAGUGUGGGAAGUGUGGGAAGGGUUUCAGACGCAGGUCUGGCCUGAUCGAACACUUGGUGAUCCACACUGGGGAACGGCCCUAUGAGUGCUUGGAAUGUGGGAAGAGCUUUGGGUGCAGCUCACACCUGAGAACACACCAGCGCAUCCACACAGGGGAGAAGCCCUACGAGUGUCCCCAGUGUGGGAAGAGGUUUCAGACCAGCUCCAGUGUCCUACUACAUGAGCGGAUUCACACAGAGGAGAGGCCCUUCCGCUGCCCCGACUGCGGGAAGGGCUUCAACCGCAACUUCAGCCUCACUGAGCACCGGCGCAUCCACACUGGGGAGAGGCCCUACGAGUGUGGGAAGUGUGGGAAGAGCUUCUCCACAAGCUCAGCCCUGACCCAGCACCAACGGAGGCACCACUAAGAGAAGCUCUGUGAGUGCCCCGAGUGAGGGAAGAAGCUUGGAGUGAGGGAAGAGCUUGGAG